UAAAUUAAUUGAUUUACAUGAAAGGUAUAGCAUUUACAAAUGGUAUAUAUACUGGGAUAUUCAUUUAAAUUUUUACUAGUAAUGGCAGCAAUCAGCGACUUAUAGCGGGACUGCGGCUGGCAUUCUGACACUGAGGGGAACUGACUCGGUGUCACUGACAUCCCAGGUGACACCAAUACAGUGGUCAGUGCUAAUAAAAAGCACGGACACUGUACUAAUGGCACUGGGCAGGAAGGGGUUAACAUGUGGGGCAAUCAAAGGGUUAGCUGUGUGCUCUGUGUGUUUGUGCUGCACUGUAAGCACAGUGCUUUGUAUGGCUGUGCUAUGCACAGCCAUGCAAUGGAGUGUGCAGGAGCUG